CUCCACAGUUAGAAAUCCAGAUCCUCUCUACAGCACUAUCAGCAGUGAGGUUACUUCUUGGAAGAAGUUUUACAGCUCAACUAAAUAUUGAAUCUUUGGGAUCCACUUGCUUUUUUACACUUUUCUGGUUCUUUUCAAGCUGCAAGAGACUCCUAAAACAGAAAAUGCUGCCUGCAACCUUCAAACUGUGUGCUGGCAUCUCCUAUCGGCAUAUGAGGAACAUGACAGGUCUGAGGAAGAAUGCCAUGGUGGCUAUUCACCAUGAGCUGAACAGACUGGCAGGUCCGGGACCCAGUAACUGGAUCAGCCAAGUCCGCAGACGAAGCUCCCUCCUCAGUUCUCGGAUAGAGGAGGAGAAGGGGUACAGCGAGGAGGAGAUGUCUUAUGUGAAGCAAGGUGAGGAUGCACUGCAGAAAGCCAUCAGCAUCCUCAGUGAACAGGACGGCUGGACCAUUGAAACUGUAGCUGCAAAUGGAGACAAAGUCCUGAGUAAAGUGUUGCCUGACAUCGGGAAGGUGUUCAAGCUGGAGGUGAUGUUGGAGCAACACCCUGACAAUCUUUAUGAAGAGCUUGUGGGAAAUAUGGAGCAAAUGGGAGAGUGGAACCCUCGUGUCAAAGAGGUUAAGAUCCUUCAAAAGAUAGGCCAGGACACAAUGGUUACCCAUGAGGUAGCUGCAGAGACUGUGGCGGGACCGAGGGACUUUGUCAGCGUCCGCUGUGCCAAGCGUCGGGGCUCCACCUGCUUUCUGGCUGGAAUGUCCACUCAAUGUGCAAAGAUGCCGGAGCAGAGGGGUGUGGUGAGAGCGGAGAAUGGACCGACCUGUAUAGUCAUGAAGCCUUGUGCUGAAGAUCCAAAUAAGACCAACUUCACCUGGUUACUAAGUAUAGAUCUAAAGGGCUGGAUCCCAAAGACGAUCAUAAACAAAAUGCUCUCUCAGACGCAGGUGGACUUUGCCAAACACCUCAGACAAAGGAUGGCUAAUAAUGUUUCUAUGGAGAUGGCCCAUGCCUGCUGACACAAGAUGCCUCUUGAGCUUUGGCACACUGCGCUCAACGGUUGCACAGGAGCAACCUCUGCUCAUUAAAAAAAAAUCAUACAAAUCUGCUUAGAAUUGCUGAAACAAUACGAGAAAUCCAAACUGAAUUAAGAAGAUCGGAAGGAGAUGAUGCUUGUCUGAGAUCAUGGGAAAAUCUCAGCACAGAUGUUGGUUUUUAAAUUGGCAAAUGUGUUUUUUCUUACCCCUCUUAAUAGAAAAAUCUGUCAUGGGAUUAGCAUCUUACACUUUGAUUGUUUCUGACACAUUUCUUCCAUAUCCCUCCACUCUACCUUUGGCAGACAAUCGAGUUGGUGUGAGCAGUAAACCGUGUAACAAACUGCUCAUUGUUUCCUUCUGAUAACACCUCAGUUAUUGUCCUUCCCUCUGCUGUGAAAUUGCACUUUUAUUUCAGUGU